CUAAAAUAUAUACAGGACAAAUUUAAAACUAUUUCAUUCAACAAAUUCGACAAUCAUUCGAAACUAAAGUCAGCAGUUAUAAAAUGUCAGCGCCCUAACAGAAGAAAAGGACAUCAGAUUAGAUAGUUUUUCGUUUUCAAAACGCAUUUUAGGUGGCUACAGGAGAGACAUUGAAAAUGGUCCUGUGCCUAGUCAGAUGCUGCAGAUUUCAACAUUUGAAAGGAUUUCAGAAAAAUAUCAGGAAACAUGGCCUCCCAUCUUUAGUAUCAUGUGAUUCAAAAGCGCUGAGCACUAGAUUAACCUCUCAUUGUACUGGUACCUUGAACAAUCAUAUACGUCACAACAGGCUAGAGUUAAAAUAUUCAGAAACAGGGAGACCUUUUCAUACCUCUAUUUCUCUUUUGAAGAUGAUUAAAGAAGAUUAUGAAACAUGGAGAAUAUUAUAUCCCGAUGGAAAGUUUUUAUGCAAUGCUGAAAUGUAUGUCCUUAAAAAGUUCUGCCAUCGCUAUAAACGCUAUAAGUUUAAAGAAGUGGAACCAGAUAGUGAAAAAGCCGCAACCGUUGAUAUGGGUGAUGGAAAGUUUAAAGUUUUUCUACUAUUUGAUAAGUUGAGAGGAAAAUCUGGUGCAAGGAAAGAGUCAAGGACAAAAAUCAUACAAUUUCAUCACGAAGCAACUGCCAAAAAUGAAAAAAUGGAUCAAAUUUUGGAAACAUUAGUAAAUGAAGGAAAAGUUACUGUUACUUUUGAUCAGAAGAGUAAAGUUGGAGGUGAGGUACUGAAAAUAUUGAAAGAGUUUGACAACGUUAAAGUAGUUGUGUCGGUUGAUAAUAGAGUAUAUUUUGUAAAAAUAGAUGAAGUCACGGGAACCAUGCUGCAGAAACUGUUUGAAGAUGUACAGCUGAAGGAAGCUAAACAUCUUGCCCAAGUAAAGGAUUUGCUUAAAACUAUGGAAGAACAGUAAAUCAUAGUUCUUUAUGAUCAAAACAUUAGAACUUUUCAACUUGUAAAUAGUCAUGGAUUUGUGAAAUCUGAAUAGAGAAGAAUCAAUGAAGUUGGUGCUGCCAAGUUUGCCUAUAUAAUUUUUUACGGGAUAUAAUACGUCCUUAAAUUGGCUCUUAUGUAUUUUCUACAGCCUAUACAAAUUUAUAUAGUGUUUUAUCCACUGAAUAUACAUGUAAUAAUCAAGUUGACAAAGUAAUGUUAAGUGAAGGUCAUGAUGUUCUUCAUAUGACACUGAAAUAGGCUAAAAGUGUUGAACUUUAACAAGCUCAUGAAAGUCUCUUUUUUUAGCUUAAUGUAUUUCUUGUUUGAACAUCUCUUUUAAAAAGUUGUGUGAUUUGAAAUAGAGUCUUUUUACGAGUACCUUGACUUUUAUAUGAAUUAUAUGGCAAGUCUUCUUAUUUGUUGAAAUCUUAUUAAUAUAGCUCCAAAAAAAAUAUUAAAUUUGGUUGAGACUUCAGUUACAUUUGUGUGUAUUCAUGUAAAUAAAGUAACUUGAAAUGAAUAUGACAUUGACUUACCUAACAAUUUUUUAAGAUGUGACCUUCAAAUUUUGAUCAAAUACAGAAUUUUUUUGUGACCUUUGCACUAUUUUUUGUAUGGCCUCUAUGGAGUAGUGGCGCACAUAUUGGUUCAAUGAUUUUUGACAGAGUUAUGGCCCUUUAAUUAUUUUUAUUUUAAGGUUUGUCUGGAGUUAUCCUCUUAUACUACUAAUGCAAUUUCAUUGAAACUUUACAGGUUUGAUUGGUAGCUCAAGUAUUUGUGCAUAUUACACGGGUUUUCUGAUUAAAUGAUUUUUGGGCGGAAUUUUGGCCCUUUAAUAAAAAGUUGUUAAUGAAAUUUGUCCAGACUACUAUUCUUAUACCACUAAUGCAAUUUCAUUCAAACUUUACAGGAUUGAUAAGUACAUGUAAGUCAAGUACUUGAACAUUAUAACACAGGUUUUCCAUUUAAAUGAUUUUUUGCAGAGUUAUGGCCCUUCAAUAAAAAAGGUGUCUUUUUGUGUUGUCAGCUACUUGUUUGGACUACUCUUGUGCAUUUUAAUCAAAACUGUACAGGAAUAAUGAAUACUAUGUCUAGUUGUGCAUCUCAUCAAAUUUUUUUGAUUUUAUGAUUUUUGUCCCAUUAAUGAUUUCAAUUUUAAAAUUUGUCUGGACUUAUACCACUAUUGCAAUUUUAAUGAAACUUUACAAGAUUGAUCGUAAGCUCAAGUACUUGAACAUAGUAUACGUGUUUUCUGAUUGAAGGCUUUUCAGCCAAGUUAUGGGCGUUGAAUAAAAAAGUGUGUUUUGCCCUGUUAAUGAUUUUUGGGUCUCCUGCUACACAGUAGCUGCAACAUGCAACUGGCUAUCAUGAGGCGACACAUGUCAUCACUGAUGGCCCUUGUUUUGAUUUUUGCCGUGGCUUCUGCAUUUUAGAAAUUCUCACCUUUUAUAGAAAAAUUAAUUAUGGCAGUGAUUAAGUCCCAUCAUAGUGCUUUUGUUUUUUUUAGACAAUUCCUGCAUAGUGCUAGUUUUUUUUCCAAGUUGAGCUUGCUUUUUGUCAGAUAGCUUGUUAUUUAUGUUUAUAUGAAUAUGGCUUGUUAUUCAAGCAUUGAGACAUGAAAUAAAGCACAAAUUACAUGUAUUAUUA